UGCUCUAGCUCGACCAGCUUCACCGUUUUUUUCCCUUCCCUCUGCAUUUUGACUCCCACCCCAGCCGGACAAUGUGCGUGCUCAGGACGAGAAUGGCAGCAUCAUCUGCACAGAGAUCAAACGGGCCCUGCCAAACGAUGGCUUUGGCGUUAAUUAUCAUGGCCUCGCUCUUAAACGCAGGAGUCACAGCGCAGGAGGCCGUCACGGGGCAGGACGUUCUGCAAACUUUGCCGCCAGAGGCUUACGUACGAGGAGACAAUAUUCCAAAGACAACUGAAGCUCCUGAUCCACAGAUCGUGGUUUUCCCAACCAUGGGCUCCCCUUCUGAAGCAACUGAACAGACUACAGCAGCAGCAGCAGCAACACCAACACCAACACCAACACCAACAGCUACAGAAGAGGCCGGUCACACUCAAAACCAGGCCGCCGGCGAGAGAACGGGGGUCACAGACGAGGUUCAUGUUAACACAUUCAUAACCGUGGACACAGAGACCCCUGCACCUCUGCCUGAAAGAGGCGACAGCCCCAACAACAUACCACGGCUGGUGCCACAGGAUGACGUCGUCUGCGUCAGCAAAGAGGCCGUCCAGGACAAAAACGCAGUCAAUCUGAAACUCAAGGCCUCCUCCAGCUGUAAAGAAACCAAAGUGAAGCUGGAAAGUGUUCUGCAGGAGCUGUGUGGUGAAGACUGUAAGCUAGACAUCUACCAAGAGGACAACUCGGAUCAAAUCCUUGUGUCUGGUAAAUAUGUUGAAGAUGAUGUUGCAGGCAUGGCUGACAAGUUCAACAAUGACAACAUCAAAGAUAAGACCGAUGUGGAGGAGGCUGUUCCUCGCUGGGGGAAGAACUCUAAGUUGGUGCUGGUUUCCUUGCUGCUGACUGGCCUGUUGCUGGCUGCCCUGCUGGUAGCUGGUUAUUACCUCAAGACCCACCGCAAGAACUCCAAAGGAGUCAGACUGGCCGAGUCUUUCCAGGUGGAUGAGGAGAACCAGGCCAAUACCCUGGUGUCCGUGGCUCCCCUGCCCCAAGAGCCCCUCGACAAGCCGACCGCCAAUGGCGAUUCUCCCCCAGAAAACGGGACCAACGGCGCCCCCACCACUAACGGACACUCUGCCACCCAGACUCCAGUGGCCGACACGGAGAUGUGAACCGUGACACCCCUGAUAUCUCCUGUUCUACCCAUCACCCACCGGGACACACUACCCAGAAGCCCCUCUGCUGCCUCAGAGACUGUCCACACACUGAGACAAAUUCAACAUGAAUCCACCACACACAUUCGCCUCCCCUCCUCUGCGCCUCUCUCGGGACGAUGACGACGACAACGAUGAAGCUCGUUACGAUGAUGACGAUAAUGACAAUGCCUGUAAUGUGAAAAGUUUGGGAUCACUGGCCUUUGCUGGUGCCAAAAAAGGGGCCUACAUAUGCUGUGUUUGGGCAAUGAUUUGGAUUUGUUAGUCGCCCUGACUUCAGUCUAGUUGUGACGAUCAUUGUAGAAUCCCAAAAUAAUGCCAAAUAUAUGAUGUUGAUUCCCACGAAGCAGCAGCAAAUGCUCUAUUAUUUCAAUCCACAACUGUGGUGCAAUGAAACCAAUGAAGCCAUGCUGAGACCAGCUUUUGUACUGUCCUAAAAAGGACUGACUCUGCUCAAUCAAUUGUUUUGUUUUUUCUAUUCGAUUUGUAAAAAAAAAAAGUUUGUGAUAAUGUUAACCAAUUAGCAAUGUACAACACGAAACAAAAAAAGCACGUAUGUUCUUUGGGAGGAAUGAAAUAACACUGUCAAGCUAUUCAAAACAUGGAAAUGUCAGCUGGAAACUAUUAGUAUUUGCCUCAAUGCUUUAGACUGAUAAGCAUAAUGAACAUCCAAACCUUGACGACUACUGACCUUUAAGCAAAGGUUAAUUGGGAUAUGUUGCAAAGUGCAUUUCCAUUUUUGUAAUAGUGUUGAUUUUCAUAAUGACAUCAGUGUACAGAUUUGUUGUUGUGUUUUUAUUUAGUUUUUUAACAAAUGCAAACGUUUACUUCUCUCAAUACUGUCUUUGGGAUUGAUGAAGAGCAGCAGCUUUUCUUUUUUUUUAUUCCGUGAAAAAGGAAAAACACAACUUUUUUCAAGUUACCAAGCCGGUAACCAAAAUCACUGCCAGGAUUUUUCUACACAACAUAAAGCAGAUUCAGCAUUCCUUGUUGAUACACAACUUUUUUUAGAUAAGUGGUACAUAUUUUUGUAGCUUCUCCCUUGAACAUCUGGCUGCUUUCAUAAUGUACUGCAUGUGUAAAUACGCCUGCUCUCUCUCUCUGUUAGUAAUACCUGUGCCUGACUCAUAAACUGUG